AUGACAAAACACCAACAAGAUGGUGAGGCGGAUCAUCCCGCGGCCAAGGUUAAACAACAACUGAAUGCGUACGUCGACCAGUACGCCGCAGAGAACCAAGGCUCGCGCCAAGUCAACAAGACCGCUUCGGGGUCACUCCCUGGAGACGGCGUUGAGUAUCUCGACUUUGUGUCCGAGUACUGCGCCGGGAUGUUUGGUCACUCGCACCCGGACAUCAUCGCUGCCAUUCAUAGCGUGACCAAGUCGGGCUUCACCUUGGGCGGGCCAAGUCCCAAAGAGGGCGAGUUGGCUGGCCUGCUCGUCGAGAGGUUUCCGAGUGUCGAUGCCAUUAGGUUUUGUAACUCGGGAACGGAGGCGAAUACGAUGGCGAUUGCUACGGCGUUGCAUUUCAACGGACGAAAGAAGGUCUUGGUGUUUGAAGAUGGCUAUCACGGCGGCACCCUAUCUUUCACGCACAACAACCCGUUGAUUCUUCCUCACGAAUUUGCGUACGGUCGGUACAAUGAUGUCGAGUACACCCGUUUGCAAAUGACCGACGACAUUGGCAUCAUCAUUGUGGAGCCCAUGCAAGGAGCAGCCGGAAUGAUUGAGGGAUCGAAAGAAUUCCUCCAAUUCCUCCGAGACGAAGCGACACGCAUCGGCGCCAUCCUCAUCUUUGACGAGGUCAUCACCUCGCGACUCAACUACGGCGGCCUACAAGAGAUUUACGGCAUCACGCCAGACAUGACCACCAUCGGCAAGCAUUUUGGCGGAGGCUUCUCGUUUGGCGCGUUUGGCGGGCGCAAGGACAUUAUGGCCCUGUACGACCCGCAGGCGCCGCGGAGCCUCUUCCACUCGGGGACGUGGAACAACAACGUUUUUUCCAUGACGGCGGGUGUUGCGGCUACGAAGCUCCUGUCAAGGGAGGCCCUCGAGAGAAAUAAUGAGCUGGGAAACAGGCUUCGUGACGAGUUGCGUGUGAUAUUUGGGUCCAAGGAUGCGUCCAUUGUCAAGCUCACUGGCUUUGGGAGUGCCAUUGGCUUGCACUUCCAGGGUCCUUUGGCAGGCACGUUGCAGGAACUUUUCUUCUUUUACCUUCUCAGCAAAAGGGUAUACGUUGGGCGUCGUGGAUUCCUCGCCCUGAACUUGACUCAUGGGGAGGAGCACAUACGCCGUGUCCUCGAUGCGGUCAAAGACUUUUGCGUAGAUAUACUAUGA